GAGCGAGCUCCGGCCGCGGCGGGAGGCGCCAUCCGGGGGCCGCCGGGCAGCCGCGGCGCGCCUCGCCCUCUGAUCGUCUCGCAGCUGCCUCCCCCGCCGACCCGGCCGCAUCCUUCCCGCGGUGGGGAAAGAAGCUCCCCCCCCCCCCCCCCCACUCCGCGGAACAGAGACUCAUUUUUUUUUCCUCCUCGGGAGGGUGUCGCCACCUGGAUUGCCAAGUGUGAGGGGUCCGGGAGGCGGGGACCGGAGCACCGUGACCCGCCAUGGCUCAAGCGGCUAAACAGCUGAAGAAAAUCAAAGACAUCGAGGCGCAGGCCCUCCAGGAGCAGAAGGAGAAGGAGGAAUCCAACAGGAAGCGGAGGAACCGCUCCCGUGACCGAAAGAAGAAGGCCGAUGCGGCUACCAGCUUUCUGAGAGCAGCAAGAUCGGGUAACUUGGACAAAGCUUUGGAUCACCUGCGGAAUGGCGUAGACAUUAACACCUGUAACCAGAAUGGGCUGAACGGCUUGCACCUGGCCUCUAAAGAAGGCCAUGUGAAGAUGGUGGUUGAACUUCUGCACAAAGAAAUCAUUCUAGAAACGACAACCAAGAAAGGGAACACAGCUCUGCACAUCGCCGCCCUCGCAGGUCAGGAUGAGGUGGUCCGGGAGCUGGUCAACUAUGGCGCCAAUGUCAACGCCCAGUCGCAGAAAGGCUUUACACCUUUGUACAUGGCAGCACAAGAGAAUCACUUGGAAGUGGUUAAGUUUUUACUGGAAAAUGGAGCUAAUCAGAAUGUAGCCACAGAAGACGGCUUCACUCCUCUAGCCGUGGCUCUGCAGCAGGGCCAUGAGAACGUGGUGGCACACCUCAUCAACUACGGGACAAAGGGCAAGGUGCGCCUCCCUGCCCUGCACAUCGCAGCCCGUAAUGAUGACACCCGGACAGCUGCGGUGCUUCUGCAGAAUGACCCCAACCCGGACGUGCUUUCCAAGACGGGAUUCACCCCCCUCCACAUCGCAGCUCACUACGAGAACCUCAACGUGGCCCAGUUACUCCUCAACAGGGGCGCCAGUGUCAACUUCACGCCACAGAACGGCAUCACGCCACUGCACAUCGCCUCCCGCAGGGGGAACGUGAUCAUGGUGCGGCUCCUGCUAGACCGCGGGGCCCAGAUAGAAACAAGGACCAAGGAUGAAUUGACACCUCUCCACUGUGCAGCUCGGAAUGGGCACGUGCGAAUCUCAGAGAUCCUGCUGGACCACGGGGCACCCAUCCAAGCUAAAACCAAGAAUGGCCUGUCUCCAAUUCACAUGGCGGCUCAGGGAGACCACCUUGACUGUGUCCGACUUCUGUUGCAAUACAACGCAGAGAUAGACGACAUCACCCUGGACCACCUGACCCCGCUCCACGUGGCAGCCCACUGCGGCCAUCACAGAGUAGCCAAGGUCCUUUUGGAUAAAGGAGCCAAACCAAAUUCCAGAGCCCUGAAUGGCUUUACCCCCUUGCACAUCGCCUGCAAGAAGAACCACAUCCGUGUCAUGGAGCUGCUGCUGAAGACGGGAGCUUCCAUUGAUGCUGUCACCGAGUCUGGCUUGACACCUCUCCACGUGGCCUCCUUCAUGGGGCACCUGCCCAUCGUGAAGAACCUCUUGCAGCGGGGGGCAUCACCCAACGUCUCCAACGUGAAAGUGGAGACCCCACUGCACAUGGCAGCCAGAGCUGGGCACACGGAAGUGGCCAAAUAUUUGCUCCAGAACAAAGCCAAAGUCAAUGCCAAGGCCAAGGAUGACCAGACCCCACUUCACUGUGCAGCUCGCAUUGGCCACACAAACAUGGUGAAGCUCCUGCUGGAAAAUAACGCCAAUCCCAACCUGGCCACGACCGCUGGGCACACCCCCCUGCACAUCGCAGCCCGAGAGGGCCAUGUGGAGACGGUCCUGGCCCUCCUGGAAAAGGAAGCGUCCCAGGCAUGCAUGACCAAGAAAGGAUUUACCCCUCUCCAUGUGGCUGCCAAGUAUGGGAAGGUUAGGGUGGCCGAGGUGCUGCUGGAACGGGACGCACAUCCAAAUGCUGCUGGAAAACAGAAUGGCUUGACCCCUCUGCACGUGGCCGUCCAUCACAACCACCUGGACAUCGUCAGGCUGCUGCUUCCCCGGGGCGGCUCCCCACACAGCCCCGCUUGGAAUGGCUACACCCCUCUGCACAUUGCUGCCAAGCAGAACCAGAUUGAGGUGGCCCGCAGCCUGCUGCAGUACGGGGGGUCAGCAAAUGCAGAGUCGGUGCAAGGUGUGACACCCCUUCACCUGGCCGCCCAAGAGGGUCACGCAGAGAUGGUGGCUCUGCUACUUUCGAAACAAGCCAAUGGCAAUCUGGGGAACAAGAGCGGACUCACCCCCCUCCAUCUGGUAGCACAAGAAGGCCACGUUCCAGUGGCAGAUGUGCUGAUCAAACACGGUGUCAUGGUGGAUGCCACCACCCGGAUGGGUUAUACCCCACUCCACGUGGCCAGUCAUUAUGGAAAUAUCAAGCUGGUAAAGUUUCUGCUACAGCACCAGGCAGACGUCAAUGCCAAGACGAAGCAAGGAUACAGUCCCUUGCACCAGGCGGCCCAACAGGGACAUACAGACAUCGUGACACUGCUUCUCAAAAAUGGUGCUUCCCCAAACGAGGUCAGCUCGAAUGGAACCACACCUCUGGCAAUAGCCAAGCGCUUAGGCUACAUCUCUGUAACAGACGUGCUCAAGGUUGUCACGGAUGAAACCAGUUUUGUGUUAGCCAGUGACAAGCACCGGUUGAGUUUCCCUGAGACGGUAGAUGAGAUCCUGGAUGUCUCUGAAGAUGAAGGAACUGCUCAUAUAACUAUCAUGGGGGAAGAACUCGUCUCCAAGGCUGAGAAGCAGGAUUCCAGGGAUAUCGAUGAAGAGAAGGAGCUGCUGGAUUUUGUGCCGAAGCUAGACCAAGUGGUGGAAUCUCCAGCCAUCCCGAGGAUCCCAUGUGUCACACCUGAGACAGUGGUGAUUAGAUCUGAGGAGCCAGAACAGGCGUCUAAGGAGUAUGAUGAAGACUCACUCAUCCCCAGCAGCCCGGCCACAGAGACCUCAGACAACAUCAGCCCAGUGGCCAGCCCCGUCCACACAGGGUUUUUGGUGAGCUUCAUGGUGGAUGCCCGGGGAGGCUCCAUGAGGGGGAGCCGUCACAAUGGCCUGAGGGUGGUGAUCCCGCCCCGGACAUGUGCCGCCCCUACUCGUAUCACCUGCCGCCUGGUCAAGCCCCAGAAGCUGAGCACGCCGCCCCCACUGGCCGAGGAGGAGGGCCUUGCCAGCAGGAUCAUCGCGCUGGGACCCGCCGGAGCCCAGUUCUUAAGCCCUGUGAUCGUGGAGAUCCCCCACUUUGCCUCCCAAGGCCGUGGGGACCGUGAACUCGUGGUGCUGCGCAGUGAAAACGGCUCCGUGUGGAAGGAACACAAGAGCCGCUAUGGAGAAAGCUACCUGGAUCAGAUCCUCAACGGGAUGGACGAAGAGCUGGGGAGUCUGGAGGAGCUGGAGAAGAAGAGGGUCUGCCGCAUCAUCACCACCGACUUCCCCUUGUACUUUGUGAUCAUGUCACGGCUCUGCCAGGACUACGACACCAUCGGCCCUGAAGGGGGCUUUCUGAAGAGCAAGCUGGUCCCCCUGGUGCAGGCAACGUUCCCAGAAAAUGCUGUCACCAAGAGAGUGAAGCUGGCUCUGCAGGCCCAGCCUGUACCAGAUGAACUUGUCACCAAACUCCUGGGCAACCAGGCCACAUUCAGCCCCAUCGUCACCGUGGAGCCACGGCGCCGGAAGUUCUAUCGCCCCAUUGGCCUUCGGAUCCCACUCCCUCCUUCCUGGACGGACAACCCGAGGGACAGCGGGGAGGGGGACACCACCAGUCUGCGCCUACUCUGCAGUGUCACUGGAGGAACAGACCAAGCCCAGUGGGAAGACAUAACGGGGACGACCAAACUCGUGUAUGCCAACGAGUGUGCCGCCUUCACCACCAACGUCUCUGCCAGGUUUUGGCUGUCAGACUGUCCUCGCACUGCUGAAGCUGUGAACUUCGCCACCCUGCUGUACAAGGAGCUCACUGCGGUGCCCUACAUGGCCAAGUUCGUCAUUUUUGCCAAGAUGAAUGACCCCCGGGAAGGGCGUCUGCGCUGCUACUGCAUGACAGACGAUAAAGUGGACAAGACCCUGGAGCAGCAUGAGAACUUCAUUGAGGUGGCUCGGAGCAGGGACAUAGAGGUUUUGGAAGGAAUGCCCCUUUUCGCGGAACUCUUUGGGAACCUGGUGCCCGUCAAAAAAGCUGCCCAGCAACGGAGUUUCCUCUUCCAGUCGUUUCGGGAGAACCGUUUGGCCAUACCUGUAAAGGUGAGGGACAGCAGUCGAGAACCAGCAGGGUCCUUGUCAUUUCUGCGCAAGGCGAUGAAGUAUGAGGACACCCAGCACAUUCUCUGUCACCUGAACAUCACCAUGCCCCCCUGUACCAAGGGGAGCGGAGCUGAUGACAGGAAGAGGACGUUGACUCCCCUGGCCCUGAGAUACAGCAUUCUCAGCGAAUCGUCACUGGGUUUUCUCAGUGGGACCGACCGAGCAGAUAUGAAGAUGGCUAUUAUAUCAGAGCACCUUGGCCUCAGCUGGGCGGAGCUGGCUCGGGAGCUUCAGUUCAGCGUGGAAGACAUCAACAGGAUCCGUGUGGAAAACCCCAACUCCUUGCUGGAGCAGAGUGCAGCCUUAUUGAAUCUCUGGGUCACCCGCGAAGGCAAAAAUGCAAAGAUGGACAAUCUGUAUGCAGCCCUGCGCAACAUUGACCGAAGUGAGAUCGUGAACAUGCUGGAGGGCUCGGGCAGACAGAGCCGCAAUCUGAAACCCGACCGGAGACACAGGGACCGGGACUACUCUUCGUCACCCUCCCAGAUGAAUGACCGUCACAAACUGAAUGCUUCUGUGCUUCCUGGCUUCUCUGUGUGGCCCUGUCACCCCUUCAGAGACCCCCCUCCAACAGGUUACUCCUCGCUGCAGGACGAGCUGCUGUCCCCUGCCUCCCUGCAGUACGCACUUCCCUCUCCGCUGCGUGCAGACCAGUACUGGAACGAGGUGGCUGUCAUAGAUGCCAUCCCAUUGGCGGCCACGGAGCAUGACACCAUGCUGGAGAUGUCUGACAUGCAGGUGUGGUCUGCGGGCCUCACACCCUCCCUGGUCACUGCUGAGGACUCCUCUCUGGAGUGCAGCAAGGCCGAGGACUCUGACGCCACCGGCCAUGAGUGGAAGCUGGAAGGGGUGCUCUCCGAGGGACCCCAGGGCCCCAUGCUGGGCUCUCUGGACCUUGUGGAGGAUGACACAGUGGAUUCAGAUGCCACAAAUGGCCUUAUCGAUUUGCUUGACCAGGAAGAAGGUCAGAGGUCAGAAGAGAAGCUGCCAGGUCAUAAGAGUCAGGAGGACUCCACAGGUGUAGGUCAAGACUCAGAGAAUGAAGUGUCUCUUGUUUCAGGCCAGCAGAGGGUGCAAGCCCACAUCACAGAAUCCCCCAGCGUGAGUCGGGUGAUGGAGACCAGCCAGGACAGAUUGCAGGACUGGGAGGAAGAAGGCUCCAUUGUCUCAUACCUACAAGAUGCUGCACAAAGUUCCUGGCAAGAGGAGGUCGUACAUGGCCCACACUCAUUCCAGAGUACGGUCACCACCAUCAAAGAGCUGGAGCCCAGUGGAUCUCAGGAGUAUGAGAAGGUCCUGAUGUCUGCAACUGAGCACAUUUGGGAGGAGCAACCAGAGGCUGAGAGCCUGCAGGCCGACAGGGAACGGAGACGACAAAGCCACCAGGAGUGGGUGCAGGAGGCUCGGAGCACUUUCUCCCAGAUGGCAGAGGGGAAUGAGUUUCAGAGUAUUCCAGGGGAGCAGGUGACAGAAGAACAGUUCACAGAUGAGCAGGGCAACAUUGUCACCAAGAAGAUCAUUCGCAAAGUUGUUCGGCAGAUAGACUCAUCUGGUGCUGAUGACACCCAGGAGCAUGAGGAGGUGAUUGCUGAGGGGCCCCUGGAGGACCCUAGUGAGAUGGAAGCUGAUAUUGAUUACUUUAUGACACAUGCCAAGGUGGAGCUGAGAGGGAGUAGCCUGCAGCCGGACCUGAUAGACAGCAGGAAGGGGGCUCAGAUAGUGAAGCGGGCCAGCCUGAAAAGGGGCAAGCAGUGAUCUCUAGCCCCUCCCCUCAAAUGGCCUCUUUGGAGGAUCACACCUCGACACCCAACCCUUGAACUUCACACACACUCUGCCAUGCACACAAGAGGAGAGCUGGAGCAGAGGGCUGCAGGAGUGGCGCACUGUUCCUCUAGGCUAACGGCAUGAUCUCUGUAAGGGACUUCCUUUAGUCUCCUAUUCGCAUGAACGGCCGACUGUAGACGCAUGACCUACAGUCCUCAAUCCUGCCUCUAGCAACGAUGGAUCUCUGUUGGGAAUCAGGACAAAUGCCUCAAGAAGCGGGGGAGAGAGAGAGAGUGAUAGAAAACGAGCUCGAGAGAGCACAUGAACGCAAAAGUGAACAAGGGCUCUUUUGUGGCUGGGGAUGAUAUAUUUUUUUAAAUCAUUUUAAUUUUGACUUGUUACAGGGUACUUUUUUUUUUCAACCUUAUCUGUAGGAAAUCCACGUGGGCUUCCUGGAAAGAAAAAAAAAAAAAAGGCACAAAAUCAGUUUGGCACCUUAAUCCCAUGUCCCCACCUGCCAGCCUUCCCCACCGCCACACACCUCCAUUCCACUUGUGACGUCCCCUCCGCCUCCCCAGGGGGCCGCUCCUCCCAGAAAGCUCUAUAUGACAUUCAGGACACACACAUAGGCACACACACACACGCACACAAGCACCUCUUCCCUCUCCUCAGUAUACACACAGAUUUUACUGUGACGUCCGAAGCUGUAUAGACUCUCCUGUGGAUAAACUGGAAUUUUUUUUAUGUUGUCUCUCUCUCUCUCUCUCUCUCUCUCUCUGCCAGUCUCAGUAUUAAUCAUCUUCCAAUGGAAAAUCAUUAAUUUAAGAGUGCAUUCAGGGUUCCUUGUGUUAGGGACUUAAGAAUCAGAGGCGAGGACCCCCAGGCUUAGCUGUAGGGCUCAAAGGGAGCCAGUGCCCCAUCUGCAAGGGUCUUCUCUCUCAGCUGGGGGCGGGCCGGUGGCUGUCCCAGGAUUGCACCAGCAUGUUCAAUAGAGAGGAGGUUUUCUAUAUCUUCAAGCACUUAUAUCAUAGUCUGUGUUCAAAGUGUAAACUGUACAGUAAUCAGCCUUGUGUAUAUGAAAAACAAUAAAUACUAUGCAAACCAAUAGAAACACUUUAGCAGUAUGUACAAAGCACUAACAGCUCAGCUCCUGAGGACUUCUCCAGGCUGCAGGAGAAGGAGCUACAGCCUGUCUUUCAGUGAAAGAGGAAGGGAGUAGGGCUAGUUGAAUGUAUCUGCCAGUUCUUAGAAGUCAGCCACCACCCCCAAGGUCUCCCAGAGCCAACUUGGUGCUCUAAGUCCAGGCAGCCCACAGGAUGGGGGGCCUAGGCCGGACAGCCUCAGUGCCCCCACUCUGACCAAGCCCCUCUGUCCCACUCGGAGAGGUGGGCGAGGGGCCCACUCCUGACCACGGGCCCAGGGGGAGGAGAGCCGGAGGAGGAGAGAGCAGCUGGCCACCUGGAGGCCCCGGGCUAGGACGGAGCCCCUCCUAGGCCAGGCCCUCGGUCAGAGCAGGAAGGAAGCAGACAGCUGGCUGUUCCUCGCCUCGGUGCCACCAGGGAAGAGCCUUAAAGAUACACUAGAGCCUCUGGCAGAGCGAGGCCCGAAUCAGCACAAUCCGCCCCGCCCUGCGCGGCGGGCGCCCUCUAGGGCCCGGAGAGAGACUGGCAGGCUCUUCUCGCUCACAAGAGCCUUUGUUUGUGGACGUCCUGUCACCUUCCUCCCUGCCUCUCCUCUGAGGUGUCCUCAGACACAUCAAACCUUCCAAGUAGCACAGAAGCUCCCUCACGACCGAGCCCCCACGGCCCUGGUGCCUGUCACCAGCGCACAGGUCUCCCGGCGGAGGCCGCAGGCCCCACGCGCCCGGGGCCGGCCGAGGCACUCCGCUUGGACCGGGCGGCUUGCGCUUUGCUUUCGGGGGGGGGGGGGGGGGGCAGCCCGGGCGCAGGGGACGCCAAGCGUGCUCCGAGGGCUGUGUCCCGGUAGGCGCGGCCCCGGCCCCCCACGCCUUCGACCCUGCGGCGGGGCGCAGGAGCGCGGCGCUUCUCCGCGUUGGCCGGGCGCCCGCCCGCCCUGGGAAGACAGGCGCAGGGCUCGCCUCCCGUCCUCGAUCCCGCGCCGUCCCCCGCAGGCCGCCGUCCCCCGUCCCCUGCCCCCCGUGGCCCCUCGUAGAGCCCAGCGUGGGCCCCGCGGCUCCAGGCUAUGCUUUGGCACCUUCCGCUGCGUCUGGCAUGGCUGCUUGGCCCGCCGGCCCCAGGCCCUCGGCGGCAUGGCUGCGCGCUCCAGUUGCUAGUAGGAGCUGUUAGGGGAGGAGUUUGGGGUCUCCACACGAUGCCUAGAGAAUGCUGCAGUCUGCACAUUAGACGCUUUUUAGAAGUUUUGGAAUUACCUUGAUUUUUUUAAUUGUUAUGAAAAUGACUCUUUUCUUGACUCCCUCCCAAAUGCUCUGUUAUGGGGAGAGAACCCCCCCCCCCCCACUCUGAUGUAUAGACCAUUCUCCCUACACCAGCUGAACAAAUGUCAAAAUUAAUAAAGAAAUUGACUCAUGGCA